GCCCUGCGCGCACUAGGUAAACAGGAAGUGGGCUGUCUAGGGCAGAGCGGUCGAUGUCUCUGCGCUCUCCUCGCCGUUCUGCGUCGCGACGCAGGUCAGAACUAGACCGGUUUGGCCUCGGGAAGGGAGAGCAGCCGUUCUCCGUUUAACAAUGGAAGAGGGCAUCCAGGAAUGACCGAGGCGCCCUGCUCACCUUCGUCAUGUUGGAGGGAUUGGUCGCCUGGGUCCUCAACAAUUACCUGGGCAAAUAUGUCAGUAACUUGAACACGGAUCAACUCUCGGUCGCGCUCCUGAAAGGUGCCGUAGAGUUGGAAAACUUACCGCUAAAGAAAGAUGCAUUGAAGGAGCUGUUUCCUUUCGAAGUCAAAGCGGGCUUCAUUGGGAAGAUCACGCUCCAGAUCCCCUUCUGCCGGCCCCACAUCGACCCCUGGGUGAUCUCCAUCUCCAAGCUGCACCUGAUCGGCUCGCCCGAGAGGCGGGAAGACCUCGACGAGGAGCAGGAGGAGCUUUUGGAGAAAGAGAACAAGAAGGCCCUGCUGCUGGCCCUGGAAGAGAGGUGGAAAAAAGAACGGGAGCAGGCCGCCGAGUCGUACUGGUAUUCGGUCACUGCCUCAGUGGUCACAAGGAUUGUCGAGAACAUUGAAUUAAACAUCCAGGAUGUCCACCUCCGGUUUGAGGACAGUGUCACCAGCCCUUCCCAGCCGUUUGCCUUCGGCGUUUGCAUCAAAAAUGUCUCCGUGCAAAACGCAGUCAACGAACCAGUGGAGCAACGGAUGAAGAAGAAGCAGCUGGACGUUGCAGACUUCAGCAUCUACUGGGACCCUGACGGCGCCUUCUUGGGGGACCUCCCGCCCGGGGAGCUGCAGGGCGCCAUGGACCGGAGCAUGGAGAGCGGCGCCCACCGCUACGUGGUGGAACCGGUGUGUGCCUCGGCGCUGCUCAAGCGCAACUGCUCCAAGGAGCCCCUCCGCUCCCGCAACGCCCCACGGCUCGAGUUCGACAUCCAGCUCGAGACCAUCCCGCUCAAGCUCUCCCAGACGCAGUACCGGCAAGUCAUGGAUUUCUUGAAGGAACUGGAUCGGAAGGAGAGGCAGCUCAAGUUCCGGCGGUGGAAGCCCAAGGUCGCCGUCUCCCAAAACUGCCGGGAGUGGUGGAGGUUUGUGCUGAACGCGCACAUUGCGGGGAUCCGAGAGCGGCGAGAGCGGUCCUCCUGGGCGUUUGCGCUGCACCGGGCCCGGGACGCCGUCCUCUACACCGAGCUCUACGCCAAGAAGCUGAAAGAGAUGGAGCUCUUCGACGAGGAGCAGGAGGAAAUGGAGCGCAUCGAGGACGAGCAAAGCUUCGAAGAGCUGAAGAUCUUGCGCGAGGUGGUCUACAAGAAGAUCCGCGAGUUGGCCGAGAGCAUCAAGGAGCCCGUGUCCGACACCUUGGAGGCCGAGUCCGAGGCGGAAUUGUCCUCUUCUGCCUCCGGCCGCGGGAGCCGUAGCGGGAUGUUGCAGUACCUCCAGUCCUGGUUCCCCGGGUGGGGAGGGUGGUACGGAGAGGCCCCGGGGGGAGCCAUGGACGCCGCCGACACCUUCGAGGAGCUGCUCUCCGAAACGUCCGGGGAGUGGAGGCCGGAAGAGGCGGCCGAUGAGCUCUUUGACCCCGCGGCCGACGUCUCCAACCUGAACGCCUUCCUGAAGCGGGACCACGUCUUGGCCAAGCUGAACCUCCAGCUCCAGGGCGGCUCCGUCGCUUUGCUCCACGCCGACGAAUGCGCCUUCAUGCAGCUGGAGUUCUCGGGCGUCACGAUCUUGGCGGAGACCCUUCCUCGCAGGAACUCCUCGCUCUUCCGUGUCCAGCUGGGAAGCCUCUUCCUCCGCGACCUGGCCACCGAGGGCACCAUCUUCCCCCUCCUCGUCUUCCCCAACCCCCAAAAAGAAGUUGGUUGUGCCUCUUCCAUUGGCCUCCAGGCUUCUUCCGAUGCAAAUAAGCAGAGUGCGGCCGCGGAUCCCGCCGUCCCGGUUUUCGAGAUGUUGUACGAGACGAACCCCGUCCGCAGCCGUUUCGAGCGGCGCCUGGAAGUCAGCACCCAGCCGCUGAACAUUAUUUACAACCCGCAAGCCAUUCGCAAAGUGGCUGAUUUCUUCUACAAGGGGAGAGUCCACACCUCAGGAUUCGGGUGCCAGUCCGAGCUGGAGCUGCGAGUAGCCGAGGCCGCGCGGAGGCAGUACAACAAGCUGAAAAUGCAGACCAAGGCGGAGAUCCGGCAAACCAUCGACCGCUUGCUCGUGGGAGACUUCAUUGAGGACAGCAAGCGCUGGACCGUGUGCCUGGACAUUUCCGCCCCACAGGUCAUCUUCCCCGACGACUUCAAAUUUCCCGACCCAGUCUUGGUUGUGAUCGACUUGGGGAGAAUGCUGCUCACCAAUUCUCAAGAGGAGCACAAGAAGAAGAGUCCGGGCGGCCCUUCCUCGGAGCUGAGCGACUUGAGUGACGACGAGUACAAGACCCCGCUCGCCACCCCUCCCAGCAGUCCCCCUCCCGAAGCCGAGGCAGAAAACAAGGAGUUCGAAUUCUCCGGGGUCGAAAUCAGUGAGGAGCAGCUCCAGGCCCACCUGAUGAGCAAAAAAAUGUACGACACCUACAACCUGUCCUUCAUGGACCUCCAGAUCAUGGUGGGGCGCGUGAGGGACAACUGGAAGUACGCCCAAGACAUCGCGGUCGGGCCCACCCACGUGGUGGAGAAGUUCAACGUCCACUUACAGCUGGAGCGGAGGUUGAUUUACACCUCGGACCCCAAGUACCCCGGGGCGGUCCUGUCGGGGCACCUGCCCGACCUGAAGAUCCACAUCAACGAGGACAAAAUCAUGGCGCUGAGCAACUGCUUCGGGAGGUUGACCGCUUCCGAGUCCGCGACGGCGAGUCCUUCUCAGUCGCGGAAGGAGGCCGGCUCGGCCGACCUGGACCAGCGGGGAAGCUUGCACAGCUCCGUGAUGAACUUGACGCAGAGCGUGAUGGUGGUGGAGCAACACACCAAAGAGGUCCUGGUCGAGUCCCAGCUCCUCCUGGCCGAGUUCCAAGUCAACUGCAUGCAGCUGGGGGUGGAAAGCAACGGGCGGUACAUCUCGGUCCUCAAAGUCUUCGGCACCAACGCCCACUUCAUCAAGCGCCCCUACGACGCCGAGGUCUCGCUCACGGUCCACGGGUUGCUUUUGGUCGACACCAUGCAGACGUACGGCUCGGACUUCGACCUCUUGGUGGCCUCCCAUAAGAACCUCAGUCUGGACGUUCCGACCGGGAGUUUGCGGGACCGUCGGACGCACUCCCCCGUCGGGGCGCCCGGCGAGGAUGGGAAAUUUCCCGGACCAGCGAGCCGUGUAGCUCCGCACGACGAGUCCUUGAUCAAGUUGGAGUACCAGUUUGUGAGCACGGAGUGCCCGUCGAUGAACCUGGACAGCACCCUGCAAGUGAUCUCGGUGCAGAUGAACAACCUGGACAUCAUCCUCAACCCGGAGACGAUUGUAGAGUUGAUUGGCUUCCUCCAGAAGUCCUUCCCGAAGGAGAAGGAUCAUUCCAGCCCUCAGCCGUUGAUGACGGAGGCCGAACGGCAACUCAGCGAGCAUGAAACGUUCCAGUUCACCCACUCCCAAAACACGGAAGUCACCGUAGAUAUCCACUGGUUGAACGUCCUCUUGCUGAGGACCGUCACCGUGAUGAACGGGGAGAAGCUGGGCCGGAAGAUCGCGACGGCGAGCGUCGGGGGCACCAAAGUGAACGUCUCCAUGGGUACUAAGCUGGACGUCAACGGAUCUCUUGGAUGCCUGCACUUGAUGGACUUGACCCAGGACGUCAAAAACCAGUACGUCGUGAGCAUCGGAAAUACUGUACGAUACGAGAACCUGAUUCGGGACGCGAGCUGUUCCAGGCCCGCGUUUCUCCCAUUUGACGACGCGGGGAACCUCCCGGAUGCGUUGAGCUUCACGUUCACCGAGCAGUCGAAGGAGGAGUGCUCACUCCACCUCAAGAUGGCCUCGCUGCAUUACAACCACUCUGCCAAGUUCUUGAAAGAGCUCUCGCUCUCCAUGGACGAGCUGGAGGACAACUUCCGCGGCAUGCUGAAGCACGCGGCGACACGCGUGACCACCGUCCUGGCCACCAAGACCGCCGAGUACAGCGAGAUGGUGUCCCUGUUCGACACGGCGCCGCGGUCGAGGGACCCCUUCAACCUGGAAAGCGGCGAAGGAGAGGAGUCCGUCCCGGCCCGCUCCAAAACUGAGCCCAUCAAACUCAUUCUGGACGUGAACAUCGAGUCCCCGGUUGUGUCGAUACCCCGGAGACCCGGGAGCUCGGAACUGCUGGUCGGACAUCUCGGGCAGAUCUCGAUCCGGAACUUCGUGGCGGGAGAAGACAACCUGAGGAAUGACCGGCUGCAGGUGGAAAUCAGGGAUAUCCGGUUGUAUUCGCUCAACAGCAGCCACGUAACGGGGAAGAAGGAAAGCGUGUCGGAGGUGCUGCACGGGUCUUCGGUCGCCGGCAGCAGUCAGGAAGACCCGCAAUUCACUCGCCACGACUUCUUCGAAUCCUUACAUAAAGGCCAUGCUUUCCACAUCUUGAAUAACGCGACCAUCCAGUUCGAACUGGAGAAAAUCCCGGUGGAGCGGGACGCGGAGCUGGCUUUCUCCGCAGACGAGGAUGUCGAAAUUUCCAGCCUGAUGCGGAUCGAGGGCAAAUUUGUCAAUCCUUUGCAGGUGGUUUUGGCCAAGCACGUUUACGAGCAAGUCUUACAGACGCUCGACAACUUGGUCUGCAACGAGGAUUUGACCCACCCGCCGUCCGGAUUUCCCUCUUCGAAAUGUCCCAGCUCUGAUUCUCCUUCGGCGUUGAUUGGCAGCACGAGCUCUGAUUUUUCCCUCGAGAGAAAGGAAAACGGGCUCUUCAGUCAUUCCGGGUUCGGCACUCCGACCGGCAAAUUCGCCCCUUCCAAGGAAACGACGCCGUCCUUCACCCAGAUCCAAGCCACCUUCCAUCUCUCGGAGCUCCAGGUCCAGCUCAGCGGAGACCUGACCCUCGGAGCCCAAGGCUUGGUCAGCUUGAAAUUCCAGGAUUUUGACAUUGAGUUUGCCAAGGACCACCCUCAGACCUUGUCCAUCCAGAUCGCCUUGCGUUCGCUGCUCAUGGAGGACCUUCUGGAGAAGAACCCGGACUCGCAGUACAAGAACCUCAUGGUCUCGCGUGGGGCACCCAAGCCGUCCGGCCUGGCCCACAAGGAGUACCUGUCCCAGUCCUGCCCCUCGGUGUCCAACGCCGAGUACCCUGACAUGCCCCGCUCCCUGCCUUCCCACAUGGAGGAGGCCCCAAACGUCUUCCAGUUUUACCAGCGGCCGACGUGGGCCCCCCACAAGAAACUCAAGGAAGACGAGGGCCUGGGUUGUCCGUUGACGCCUCCGCCGUCUCCCACGGCAAACGAGUCGCACCCGCCGUCCGGAAAGAGCGACUUCGACGACUCCCUGGUCCACAUCAACGUCUUGCUGGUGGACAAGAAGCACCCGGCGUUCGCCACGUCGUACGGCAAGAUCAGCCGUAGCGUGGAUGUUGACUUCAACUGCUUGGACGUCCUGAUCACCCUGCAGACCUGGGUGGUGAUCCUGGACUUUUUUGGGAUCGGCUCCACUGCCGAGAAUCACAGCAUGAAGUCGCAGCCCGGGGACGUCCAGCUCCCCGUCAAGUCCGAAGCCAGCGCCUCGCCCGCCUUGGAGGCCCAGGAUGCCGUCAAUACCAAAGUCGACCUCAAGGUCCAUUCUCUGUCCUUGGUCCUGAACAAGGCCACCAACGAACUGGCCAAGGCCAACGUCUCCAAACUGAUCACUCAUGUGGACAUGAUCGAAGGGGACCUGUCCCUCCACGGAAGCAUCGGGAGCUUGUCCCUAAGCGACCUGACUUCGCACGGAGAGCUUUACCGAGAGCGCUUCACCACCAGCGGGGAAGAGGCCUUCAUCUUCCAAGUGUACAAGUAUGGCCGGCCCGAUCCUUUGCUGCAGAGGGAUUGUGACGUGCGCAUCAGCCUGCGCAUGGCGUCGGUGCGGUAUGUCCACACACAACGUUUCCAGGCGGAAGUCGUGUCUUUCAUCCAGCACUUCACGCAGCUCCAGGACGUGUUGGGCCGCCAGAGAGCGGCGAUCGAGGGGCAGAUGGUGAGAGACCAGGCCCAGCGCUCCGCCCGGGUCCUCCUGGACAUUGAAGCCGGGGCUCCUGUCCUCCUCAUCCCGGAAAGCUCUCUGUCCAAUCACCUCAUUGUCGCCAACCUCGGGAAGCUGAAGGUCAAGAACCGGUUCCUCUUCGCCGGGACCGCCGGCACCUUCUCUCUCAAAGAUAAGCAGGAUUCUGUUCAACUCUCUUCUCCGCUGGGGACCCCCAAGCACAGCAUGAAGAAAACCCCGAGCGCCGACGAGUCCAAGGCGGCAUCGGGAACUCCGGAAGGUUUGUUUAUGAAAUCGUCGUCCUCGGGACCAAAUCUGAACAGACUGAAAAGCGAGUCCGUGGUGGGCGGUGCGACUAAACCGCCCAAAUCUCCGGAAAGUCCUGAGGAGCACGUCUGCCUGUUAGACUGCAUUGUGGUGGACCUGCAGGACAUGGAUAUUUUUGCGGCGGAACGGUUCUCCCGGGAAUAUUCCGAGGCCACGGAGGAGGCCCAGGCCGACCUGACCUUCCCGUCCUUUGUGAUCCGGCAGGCGGGCGGGAGCCUCUUGACCGAGCCUUUCCGCCUCAAGCUGCAAGUCGAAAGGAACUUGGACAAGGAGAUAAGUCACGUGGUUCCGGAUAUCUCCGUCCACGGCAUCCUGUCCUCGAUCCUUUGCUCCCUGGACCUGGACAAAUACAAGCUGAUCCGAGGGCUCCUGGAGAACAAUUUGGGGGAGCCGAUCGAGGAAUUCAUGCGGCCGUACGAUUUGCAAGACCCGAGAAUACACACCGUUCUGAGUGGCGAGGUGUACACUUGCAUGUCUUUCCUCAUCGACAUGGUCAACGUCAGCCUGGAGUUGACGAAUCCGCAAGGGAAGCGUGGCUCGCUCGCCAGGUUCGACUUCAAGAAGUCCAAGUUGCUUUUUGAAAGCUUUUCGAACCAAACCAAGUCGAUCAACUUGGUCUCCCACUCCAUGAUGGCCUUCGACACCCGCUACGCCGGGCAGAGAGCGACGUCGGGGAUGCCGAACGUCUUCCAUUGCAUCUUCCAGUCGUCCAAGAACAGCACUUCCCAGGGAGCCAUCCAGAUUGAGCUCCAUUACAGGUCCACCAAGGAUUCCUCCUUCUUCACGGUGGUCCUGAACAACCUCCGGGUCUUUCUCAUCUUCGACUGGCUGGUGCUGGUGCACGAUUUCCUCCGGACGGCGAGCGAGGCCAGGAAGCAGCCCGGCCCUUUGCGGCAGCGCCAUUCCAGCAGCGAGGCGGCCGUGGCCGUGGUCCCCAAGGCGGUGAAGAGUGGCAUCGUCACCAAGCGCUCCUCGCUCCAGCUCUCCGCAGAAAAGCAACUGGAAGUCAAGAUCAACGUGACGGAUACCGAAUUCGUCGUGGUUGAAGACAUGUCCUGUGCGGACACCAAUGCCAUUAUUCUCAAAGGGACCACCGUCCUCACGUACAAACCCAAGUUGGUCGACCACCCUUUCUCGGGAAGUUUGUCCGGCAUUGAGGUUUUCUCUUGUCGCCUGGGAAACGAGCAGGAGACAGCCCUCUCCAUCAUCGACCCGGCGCUCAUCCAGGUGGAGCUUGUGGGCAGCUCUUCCUACCCGAGCGGGUCGGGAUUGCUGGACGCUUUUAACAGCGAGGAUUUCCCGCCCAUCCUAGAGAUCCAGCUGCAAGCCCUGGACAUCCGUCUGUCUUACAACGAUGUCCAGCUCUUCCUGGCCAUCGCCAAGUCCAUUCCCGGCCAGACCGGCAGCAGCAGCACUGUUGGCGGACCUUGUUCCUCAUCCACGGGCACCAGUGUAUCUACUUCUCCUUCGGGUUCCACUCAGGCGAAGGAGGUCUCCGGGCUGGCGUUGGAUGUCACGGAGACAUCGAGACACACUUUGGAUCCCGUUCUCGAAGUGCAGCUCGCCCGACUACAGGAACUGGGCUUCAGCCUCGACGACUGCCGGAAAGCUCUCCUGGAUUGCCAAGGUCAGCUGAAGAAAGCGGCGAGCUGGCUGUUCAAGAACGCGGAGCCGCUGAAGUGCCUCCCGCCCGACCCGAACUCCCGCGACUCCCACGGCCCGUCCUCGGCCCUUCGCUGGGUCUCCGGUCUCGACGUGAAAGCCGAGAGCAUCUGCAUCUGCUUCAUCGACGACUGCAUGGACUGCGACGUCCCUCUGGCAGAGUUAACUUUCUCACGUUUAAAUUUCCUCCAGCAUCUCCGGACGAGCCCUGAAGGCUACGCUCACUUCACUCUCUCUGGAGAUUACUACAACCGCGAGCUUUCAGGUUGGGAGCCCUUCAUCGAGCCUUGGCCGUGUUCGGUGUCCUGGCUGCAGCAGUCGGCCAGCCGCCUCCACCCUCCGCGGCUGAAGCUGGAGGUGAAAGCCAAGCACCGGCUGGACAUCAACGUCACGUCCGUGUUACUCGAACAAUACACCAGCACAAAGCAGUCCUGGAUGGAGGAUUACUGCAAGCACGAGAACGCGGCCGAGGAAACCGAGUCAGAGGAAUGGAUGGGCUCCUCCGUCGAUCCGCCUUCCUUUGGACAAAGCCUUCCUCUUGUCUACCUUAGAACUAGGAGCACAGCCAGUCUGACUAACCUAGAGCACCAGAUGUAUGCUAGAGCGGAAAUGAAGACCCCCAAACGCAGGCAGCCCUUCGUGCCCUUUGCGCUUCGCAACCACACCGGGUGCACCUUGUGGUUCGCCACCCUGACGACCACCCCGACCCGGGCGGCGCUCUCUCACAGCGGGAGCCCCGGCGUGAUCCCCGAGGGCAACGGGACCUUCCUGGAAGGCUUGCACAAAGUCAGCGAGUGGCGCGAAGUGCUUCCUGGGGAAGAGAUCCCCUUCGCGUUCGAGGCCAAAGGGAAACUCCGGCACAGGCACACGCAUGAUCUGCGCAUCCACCAGCUGCAGGUGAGAGUCAACGGAUGGGAACAAGUGAGUCCGGUGUCGGUGGACAAAGUCGGAAUCUUCUUCCGGUACGCGGCUCCAGACAAGAGCACCUCUUCCUCGACGAUUGGCAGCCCGGUGAACCGAACGAACAUCAUCCACCCGCAUGUUUACUUUUCUUCAUUGCCUCCAGUUCGAGUGGUGUUUGCCAUCACCAUGGAAGGCAGCGCCCGGAAGGUGGUGACGGUGCGCUCGGCCCUGAUUGUCAGGAACAAGCUGGACGUGCCCAUGGAGCUCCGCCUCGACAGCCCCUCCGCCCCCGACAAGCCGGUGGUGCUUCCGUCGGUGAUGCCGGGAGAGGCCUUUGCGGUGCCCUUGCACCUGACCUCGUGGCGGCUGCAGGCCCGGCCCAAGGGCAUGGGCGUCUUCUUCUGCAAGGCCCCCAUCCACUGGACCCACGUCCAGAAGGCCUCCGAGGUCAGCAGCAGCAAGCGCGAGUGCCACGCCAUGGGCUCCGAAAACAGCCGCUUCUUCAGGUUCUGCGUGGCCAUCAAGAAGGAGAAUUACCCGGACUACAUGCCGUCCAGCAUCUUCUCCGACAGCGCCAAGCAGAUCUUCCGCCAGCCGGGACACACCAUCUUCCUCCUCCCGACGGUGGUUCUGGCCAACUUGCUGCCCUUCGAGCUGGAGUUUUACGUGAAAGGGACACCCAUCGGCGGGACCCUCAAGCCGGGCAAAGAGGCCGUCCUGCACACGGCCGACACCGCCCAGAACAUCGAGCUCGGAGUCUCGCUGGAGAACUUCCCGCGCUGCAAGGAGCUGCUGAUCCCUCCCGGGACCCAGAACUACAUCGUCCGGAUGCGGCUCUACGACGUCAACAAGCGGCUCUUGAACCUCACCAUCCGGAUCGCGUGCCGGGCCGAAGGCUCCUUGAAGAUCUUCAUCUCCGCCCCGUAUUGGCUCGUCAACAAAACGGGGCUGCCACUCAUCUUCCGCCAGGACAACGCCAAGAUUGACGCGGCCGGCCAGUUCGAGGAGCACGAGCUCGCCCGGAGUUUGAGCCCGCUCCUGUUCUGCUACGCCGACAAAGAGCAGCCAAACCUCUGCACGAUGCGAGUCGGGAGAGGGAUCCACCCGGACGGGAUGCCGGGCUGGUGCCAGGGCUUCUCGCUGGACGGCGGGAGCGGCGUGAGAGCCCUGAAGGUCAUCCAGCAGGGAAACCGGCCCGGGCUCAUUUACAACAUCGGCAUCGAUGUCAAGAAAGGCCGAGGCCGCUACAUCGACACCUGUGUUGUGAACUUCGCCCCUCGCUACCUUCUGGAUAAUAAAUCCAAGCACAAGCUCGCCUUCGCCCAGCGGGCCUUUGCCAGAGGACAGGGAACUACGAAUCCCGAGGGCUACAUCUCCACCCUGCCGGGCUCCAGCGUGGUCUUCCACUGGCCGCGCAACGAUUACGACCAGCUGCUGUGCGUCCGGCUGAUGGACGUCCCCAACUGCAUCUGGUCCGGAGGCUUCGAGGUCAACAAGAACAACUCCUUCCACAUCAAUAUGAGAGACACCCUGGGGAGAUGCUACUUCCUGCGGGUGGAGAUCACACUCAAAGGCGCCACGUUCCGCGUCUCGUUCAGCGACACCGACCAGCUCCCGCCCCCCUUCCGCAUCGACAACUUCUCCAAGGUGCCGGUGGUGUUCAGCCAGCACGGGGUGGCCGAGCCGCGGCUGAGCACGGAGGUCAAGCCGGGGUCCUCGCUGGACUACGCCUGGGACGAGCCCACCCUGCUGCCCUACGUCACGCUGACCGUCAAGGGGGCCGGCUCCUCCGAGGUCACCUGCUGCAUGGACAACUUCCAGGACAGCAAGCAGCUCUACUACGAGAACUUCAUCUACAUCGCCGCCACCUACACCUUCUCCGGUUUGCAGGAGGAGAGCGGGAGGCCGGUGGCUUCGAAUAAGGAAGUCGAACGUGCCGAGCUUGUUCUAGACGUAUCUCUGAAAACGCAGAGGGUCAUCUUGAAGAAGAAGGAGCCGGGCAAGCGUUCCCAGCUGUGGCGCAUGACGGGGGCCGGCAUGCUGUGCCACGAGGGCUCGGCCGUCCCGCACCCGCCCAACAAGCCCUCCCCGCCACGCUCCGCAGAAUCCUCCAUGAUCCUGGACAUCGCCGGACUGGCCGCCGUCACCGAUAACAGAUACGAACCGCUGAUGUUGAGGAAACCGGACCGGCGGCGCAGCACCACACAGACGUGGAGUUUCCGGGACGGGAAGCUGGUCUGCGGCAUGCACGGCCUCGUCGUCCAGGUGAAAGGAGGCCUGUCUGGGCUGCGGGACGGAGCCGAGGUGGUCCUUGGUCCGGACACGGCCAUGGAGAUGCUGGGCCCGGUCCCUCCGGAGCAGCAGUUUGUCAACCAGAAGAUGCGGCCGGGCUCGGGCGUCCUUGUUGUCCGGGUCAUCCCCGACGGGCCCACCAGAGUCCUCCAGAUAACAGACUUCAACCAACGCAGAAACGAUCGCUUCUCGUACGAAGGGGAGGAGCUGGAGCAAGACCUGCAGAGGCUGAAGAACCCGGACACCGAGCAGGAGCUGGAAGUCCAGUUGAAACUCGAAGGCGGGGUCGGCUUAUCCCUGGUGAACAAAGUCCCCGAGGAGCUGAUCUUUGCGAGCUUCACCGGCAUCAACGUCCACUUCAUGCAACUCUCGACGAGUCAAGUGCUCGAGCUGAGCAUUCAGGAUGUGCAGGUGGACAACCAGCUCCUCCGCACGACGCAGCCGUUCAUGCUUUUCCUGACCCCGAAAUCGGGCGAAAGCGAAGCCGCCGAGACGGGCCCCGCGGUGCAGUUGAAUGCCAUGAAAUUCCCCAGUAAGAGACCUUUAACUGAUAUAUACAAGCACUUGAUGAUCACGGCUAGCAAGUUCACCGUCCAAAUCGAGGAGAAGCUCUUCCUUAAACUACUGAGUUUCUUCGGCUACGACCAGACAGAGUCAGAGGUUGAGAGUUACGACGAGAACGUCCACGAGCGGCCCGCCGACCAAGGCGGAGCCCAGAAACGAUACUAUUUUGAAAACCUCAAGAUCAGCAUGCCGCAGAUCAAGCUGAGCGUCUUCACCUCCAGCAAGCUGCCGUUGGACCUCAAGGCGCUGAAGAGCACGCUGGGCUUCCCGCUGGUCCGGUUCGAGGAUGCGGUGAUCAACCUGGACCCCUUCACCCGCGUCCACCCCUACGAAACCAAGGACUUCAUCAUCAACGAUAUCCUGAAGCACUUUCAAGAAGAGUUGCUCAGCCAAGCGGCCAGGAUCCUGAGCUCUGUCGACUUCCUCGGCAACCCGAUGGGUCUCCUCAAUGACGUCUCGGAAGGCGUGACGGGGCUGAUAAAGUACGGGAAUGUCGGGGGGCUCUUCAGGAAUGUCGCCCACGGAGUAUCCAACUCAGCCGCAAAGUUCACCGGGACGUUGUCCGACGGUUUGGGGAAGACGAUGGACAACCGGCACCAGACGGAGCGGGAAUACAUCCGAUACCACGCGGCGACCAGCGGAGAGCAUUUGGUGGCCGGCAUCCAAGGACUGGCACACGGUAUCCUUGGUGGCUUAACCAGCGUCAUCACCUCGACGGUGGAAGGCGUGAAGACGGAAGGCGGCGUCAGUGGAUUCAUCUCCGGCCUCGGGAAAGGCCUCGUCGGGACCGUCACCAAGCCGGUGGCCGGCGCGCUGGACUUUGCCUCCGAGACGGCCCAGGCGGUGAGAGAGACGGCCACGCUCACCGGUCCCAGGACGCAGGCGGAGCGGGUGCGGAAGCCGCGGUGCUGCCGGGGUCCGCAGGGGCUGCUUCCCCGGUACUCGGAGAGCCAGGCCGAAGGGCAGGAGCUGCACUACAAGCUCACCGACAACGUCCAGGAUGAGUUCUUCAUCGCCGUGGAGAACAUCGACAGCUACUGCGUGAUCAUCACGUCCAAGGCGGUCUACUUCCUCAAGAGCGGGGAGGCCAUGGACCGGGAGGCCAUCUUCCUGGAGGUCAAGUACGACGACCUCUACCACUGCCUGGUCUCCAAGGACCACGGCAAGGUCUACGUCCAGCUCACCAAGAAGGCCGUCAACUCCAGCAGCGGGGUCGCCAUGCCCGGCCCGUCCCAUCAGAAGCCUAUGGUCCACGUCACGUCCGAGGAGCUGGCGGUGAAGUUGUCUCAGGAAAUCAACUAUGCAAAAAGCCUCUUCUACGAGCAGCAGCUGAUGCUGAGGCCCAGCGAGCACCAAGAACAACUGGAGCUCGACGCCUGAGACGAGACGAGCAUCCGGAACACAUCCAGAAUAUUUCUCUGGGCAUCCGAAAUAGAUCCGGAAUAUUUUUCAAGUGUAUGGAAUAGAUCCGGAAUAUUUCUCGGCUGUCCGGAUUAUUUCUUGGACGUCUGGAACACAUCCAGAAUAUUUUUUGGUUGUCCGAAAUCGAUCUGAAUAUUUUUCGGGUGUCCGUAAUAUUUCUUGGACAUCCGGAACACAUCCAGAAUAUUUUUUGGUUGUCCGAAAUCGAUCUGAAUAUUUCUCAGAUGUCCGAAAUAGAUCCGGAAUAUUUCUCAGAUGUCCGGAACACAUCUGGAAUAUUUAUCGGGUGUCCGGAAUAUUUCUCGGGUGUCCGAAAUAGAUCUGUAAUAUUUCUUGGACAUCCGGAACACAUCCGGAAUAUUUUUUGGUUGUCCGAAAUCGAUCUGAAUAUUUCUCGGGUGUCCGAAAUAGAUCCGAAAUAUUUCUCGGACGUCCGAAAUAGAUCGGAAAUAUUUCUUGGGCAUCUGGAACACAUCCGUAAUAUUUCUCGGGUGUCUGAAAUAAAUCUGGAAUAUUUCUCGGGCAUCCGGAACACAUCCGGAAUAAUUCUCGAGUGUCCAAAAUAGAUCUGGAAUAUUUUUUGGGCAUCCAGAAGACAUCCGGAAUAUUUCUCGGGUAUCUGAAAUAGAUCGGAAAUAUUUUUCGGGCAUCCUGAGUACAUCCAGAAUAUUUCUUGGGUGUCUGGAACACAUUCGGAAUAAUUCUCGGAUAUCCGAAAUAGUUCCGGAAUAUUUCUUGAAGAGACCCCGGGUCUUGGCACUUUUUACGCUCAAGAGACUCCUUUGGUAUACAUUCAGCCCUGUAUUUUCUUACCGUUUUUUUGUGCGUGUGUGUAUAUAUAUACAUACCUAUAUACGUAUAUAUCUAUAUAUCUAUACAUACAUGUAUAUGUAUGUACAACCCGCGAUACGUGUAAAUACGGAAAAGGGCACAGCAGGGUUUUGGGCGGGAGUGUAUAAAGGUCUAUCCCGUGUAAAGAAAUUAAUAAGAGUUCUACGGAGUUUUCUAUUGCACUGACGUGUUUUCCAAGACAGCACAUACAUACAUGUAUGUAAAAAUAGUAAAUAUUAUUCUGGUUUUGUACCUGAGAAGGUGCCGAUCCACACUGGAAGGUUGCCCGGAUGGCUUAGAAGUUGAGUUAUAUGCAAACCAAACAGUACAAAGUCCACCUAUAUAUAUAUAUAAAUCGAUAUACACGAAAAAUCGGAUUUCCGAUAUGUUUCGUGCAUCCGAGGUGCACUGGGGAGGAGGAGACGUUGCCUUGAAGCUUCGCCUUUCAACGCAAGGAAAGAAGGGGAAGCACUCGACAAAAACGCGCACAAAAAGUAUUCGCCUUAAAUCGUAACUCGGACCGGGGACGGGGCGGAAGAUUUCGACAAUCGCAGCGUCGGAAAGUUCGUAAAGUUUGGUUCUGUAGUCUGUGGGUUAAUAAAAUACUACUGCUGCUA